AUGUUAAAGCUGUUCGAGGAGAAAGACGCAGAAGCGGUGAUCUUGGGCACAAGAGUCAGUAAUGACGCUGCUACGAACUUUGGUUGCAUAGUUUCGGAUGGGCACACAAAGAGGGUUUUGCAUUAUGUGGAGAAGCCCGAAUCACACAUUUCCAACCUCAUCAAUUGUGGCGUCUACCUUUUCGCAACUGAAUGCAUCUUUCCCUCGAUCCGAAGUGCCAUAAAGCGGCGCAGUGAUAGGCCGCGUAUCGUGUCGUAUCCUUCAUCAGAGAAUCUAGAAUCAUCAUUCUUUCGGGAUCAAGAUGAUGAUGCGGAAAAGAAUGAGGUUCUACGUCUCGAGCAGGAUAUACUUUCAGACCUGGCUGACAGCAAUCGGUUUUUCGUGCAUGAGACCAAAGAUUUCUGGCGGCAAAUCAAAACGGCUGGCUCCGCCGUCCCGGCCAAUGCACUUUAUCUGCAAAAAGCGUUUCAAUCACAAUCGGAAGAGCUCGCCGCACCGUCAGCCAACAUCCUCCCGCCAGUCUUCAUCCAUCCUACAGCCACAGUUGACCCGACCGCGAAGCUGGGACCCAACGUCUCCAUUGGGCCAAAGGCUGUCAUUGGUGCUGGAGCUCGAGUCAAGGAGUCAAUCGUGUUGGAAGAAGCUGAAAUCAAGCAUGAUGCCUGUGUUCUGUACUCGAUUAUUGGCUGGAACAGCAGGGUUGGGGCCUGGGCAAGAGUCGAGGGUAGCCCUACCCCUGUGGGGAAUCACACCACCAGCAUCGUCAAAAAUGGCGUAAAAGUCCAAAGCAUUACAAUCCUUGGCAAAGAAUGUGGAGUUGGAGAUGAAGUUCGGGUGCAGAAUUGUGUCUGUCUACCCUACAAAGAGUUGAAGCGCGAUGUUGCCAAUGAAGUCAUCAUGUGA